AUGGUCGAAGAAGUCCUGGACGCGUUCAUCGACGCGUUCGUCUCGCCGAGCGUCGCGCUGAUGCUCGGGUCGAGGUCGAAGGCGCUGGAGGAGAUGGCGUUCGUCUGCGGCGGGGCGACGUUUAGAUACGGCGCGCUGUUGGCGCGAAUCAUCGACGCGUGUCUGACGCUGGCGCUGAUUUACGCGACGAUGCGCGCGGUGGCGAAGAUCUCGAUCGCGGGCGCGCCGGCGUGGACGCCGAGCGCGCGGUGCGGGCUCUGUAAAUCUUGGGUGUCGGCGGACGCGCGGGUGUGCCCGGCGUGUCGCCGAGCGAUUUCGGACGACGACGACGACGACGACGAUUCGUGA